CAUUCUCCGAGUACAGAGACUGCUGUAGGAACAUAGAAUUCUGGGGGUGACUACGUCGUUUUCUGUUUUUGGUUUCGUCAUGAAAUGAUUGCGUGACCGCAAGGAUUUCUGGGUGGUGAUGGGUUUUGGAGGAGAAGAGGGUGGUUCCCCUCACUCAGGGUUUGAAUUCUGGUGUUGGUCUCUGCAGUGUGGCUAUAACGUACUCUGGAUGUGAAGAAAGUAGGCUGCAUGUUUUUUGCUGGAAAUCUGGUGACGGGCGGGCUUUUAUAGGAUUAGCAGAGGUUUAUCGUGAGCGGAGAAGGUUGUCGUUAUUCGCAGCCUUCAAUUUAGUUUUACUGUUUAAACGGCGACUGAAUUGGCGAAUUACUGAGGAGAAUAUGAGUACGUGAGAAGAAUAGUUCUCGUUGAAGUUGUUAUUCCUGCUGCCUCGGAGUUGACGGCAAAUUGAAAGAAAUUCAAUGAAAUUGGGAAAGUGUCUCAUUCAACCAUGGAGAACUCCCCGAAGCCGACCACAGCAAAAACAUGAACACUUCUGAGUCCAAGUAGGUGGUGAGAAUGCUGGUUGUCGUUGGCUUACUCCUCUUAUCUGUAAGGAAGAAAAGGGGUUUGUGAUAUUACCGUUUCUUGGUUGCUGUGAAGGUUAUUGUGCCAGACAGGUUGCUUCUGUUGGAUUUUGCAGCUGUAGUUAUCAAGCUUAUUAACGUGUCUAAGUUAAUAUCUCGGUCUUAAUUUCCCGAGAACUUGUACGAUUUAAUCCUUGUUUUAUAGUUCAAGGUUUUGUUCAGAAUCUUAUUGCCGCUUAAACAUUAACAAAGGUUUUCAUUAGCGAGUAUUUCGACGCAAUUUUUACAAUUUACUUGGUCCUUGACGUUGCGCGUCCAUAAGAACGAGGCAUUGAAAAGGAGUGGUCGGGUAAGCAUUGAUAAUCAUGGACGCCCUUCGCAAGCUGAGUAGUUUGGGCAGGAACCAGGAUAAGAUUCUAGAUACGGCGAGCAGCUCAUCAUAUACCGAAGCGUCGGUAGCGGAAAUUCCCAAAGCUUCGGUGGAGACUGGAGGCAAAGAUGAGGCAUCACCUUCGGGACUCGCACCCAUUAAAGUACGCGUUUCAAAUGACGUGGGAGCCGAGAUUGAAGAGAAACGAGGCGGUGAUGAAGAAAGUGUCGGAAGUGGGGAGAGUUUUGACAGUGCAUUGGAAAGACUAGCGGCUUCUUCAGUUACAAGUUUUGAGCCUCCCAGUCCGGUGGGUUCUGUUGGAGAGCAGUCCCAAUUUGCAGGUGGGGUUAGUGAAGACUUGGAAGAAAGGGGACAAGAAGAGUAUCUCUAUUACGAUGACUAUGGCGAUGAUGGUGAAGUAGAAAAAGAUGGCAGUGAAAAAGAUUCUACUAGUAGCAGUAGCAGUAGCAGUAGCUCAGAAUGUUCCUCUAGUGCUAGCAAUACGGAGGAUGAAAUGGAUAUCUCGGAGUAUGGAGCUUCCUCAGAGCGAGCCAUGCCCUUGGCGAAUCCUUCAGGAGUAACUGACGAGGAAGAAGAAGAUGGAAAAGAAGAAGAGACUGGAAUUGAAGAGAAGUUUGAGGAGGUCUAUGACGGAGGAGUGGAUUCACCCUUGGAAGAAAUUGAUGUUGCCUCAGCUGGAAAUGUAACUGCGAGGGAGUUUAGAGAUGAGCCAGAAGCCUGGGUUUCAUCGAGAGAUUCCACGGAGGAUUCCGGGAAGUUCAUCGUCACAGUCUCUGUGACAGAAUUGAAGUACAAUGUGGAAAGAGCCGUUACUGCGGAGGAGAAUAUGCCAAAUGGUCUGAAACUUGGGAGCGAAGCAAGAGGAAUUGCUUCUUCAUCCCGGGGCGCCGAAUUGGGAAACGCCUUCAAAGAUUCUCGGGAAGAUCACGAGGUCCAGGAGGAAUUGACAGAGAGGAGCGUGAAGGUAGCCGUGGAGAAUUAUGACCAAGAAGGUGAAGAUGCAGAUUCUACUGAAAUUAAGAAAGAAUUUCCUAGGGAGUUAACACAAUCCCGGACAGUGAUCGAAAGCCCAGCUUAUCGUUUUACUUCAGAACCAGUUGAUCCAGCACUUCUCGAAUUGAAGUCCGAAAAAGCUCAACCUAACACACAGAGCUUUGCAAGAAUUGCAGAAGGUGAAUCGGAUGCUGAUGCUGAUGCUGAUGCAGAUGAUGAAGAUGUUGAAAGUGGUGACGAACAUGAAGAUGGCUAUACAGAAAUUAACAUUCGGCAGGCGGCUGGAAAAUCCGAAUCUGAAAAUGAGAGUGGAAAUAACCCAUCACUAGGACCAGCUGGACCCUCUUUGAUCUCUGUACUGGUACGAAAAACUGCUAGAAGACCUGCUUCUACAGCAGCAACGGACACGCAAUCUUCCAAUGCUGCCUCAUCAACCCAGGUCGCAGGAACCACUGACGUGAACCCAAGCAUUGAAGUAAAUGAAGUGAAUGAAACUCGGGAGAAACUUCAAAACAUCAGGGUAAAGUUCUUGAGGCUGGUUCAUCGUUUGGGUCAAUCCCCGCAGAACGUGGUCGUGGCUCAAGUGUUGUACCGUCUAGGCUUGGCAGAGUCAUUGAGAGGCGGCAGCACCCGCAAUCACACGAGGGCGUUCGAUUUUGAUCGUGCCAACGCUAUCGCAGAGGAGCAGGAGGCAGAUAACCAAGAGGAGGAGCUUGACUUUGCAUGCACAAUUUUGGUUCUUGGAAAGACUGGAGUUGGAAAGAGUGCGACCAUUAACUCAAUAUUUGAUGAGCACAAGUCAGUAACAAAUGCUUAUAAUCCGUCCACAACUAACGUCUAUGAGGUUGUUGGAACUAUGCUCGGCGUCAAGGUGAGGUUUGUAGACACACCUGGGCUACUCUUUUCUGUGGCAGACCAACGGCACAAUGAGCGCAUCAUGGGUCGGGUGAAAAAAUAUAUCAAGAAAGCAUCUCCAGACAUAGUUUUGUACUUCGAUCGUAUGGACAUGCAGACUCGAGAGUUCGGUGACGUGCCCUUACUUCGGACUAUCACCAACGUGUUUGGAACCGCAGUGUGGUUCAAUACCAUUGUCGUGUUGACACACGCCUCGACGGCCCCUCCAGAUGGACCCAAUGGGACUCCUAUGGGUUAUGAAUUGUUUGUGGCACAAAGGUCACACUCAGUGCAACAAUCGAUUCGACAAGUAGCUGGAGACAUGAGGCUUCAGAACCCGGUCUCGUUAGUGGAGAACCACCCUGCUUGCAGAGCCAACCGUAAUGGACAACGAGUUCUGCCCAAUGGACAGAUAUGGAAGCCACAUUUGAUGUUGCUGUGUUUUGCUUCAAAGAUAUUAGCAGAGGCAAACACGUUGCUGAAGCUUCAGGACACGGCAGCACCGGGGCGACCAUUUGGGCAGCGGUCGCGGGUGCCACCUCUACCAUUUUUGCUUUCCUCUUUGCUCCAAUCCCGAGCUCAGCUGAAGUUGCCAGACGAGCAACUUGAUGAGUCGGACGAAUCCGAUGAUGAUGAGGAGGAUGAGGAAGAAGGCGAUGAGUAUGACGAUCUUCCACCCUUCAGGUCUCUUUCUAAAGAAGAAUUGGAAGAGCUUAGUAAAGAUCAGAGGCAGGAAUAUGCUGAAGAACUUGCAGUUCGAGAGAGGCUAUUUCAAAAGAAGCAGCACAGGGAGCAGUUGCAGAGAAGAAAAGAGAUGAAAAAGCGAGCUACAGCGAUGAGAAAGGAGGGGCUAUCACACCCUGCUGAUGAAGCAGAUGAUGAGGCCGGACAACCUGCUGCAGUGCCAGUUCCCAUGCCAGACAUGGCAUUGCCUCCUUCAUUCGACUCUGACAAUCCCACUCACAGGUAUCGCUACUUGGAGACCGCGAACCAGUGGUUGGUGCGUCCUGUUCUGGAGACGCACGGGUGGGAUCACGACGCUGGGUACGAUGGGUUCAAUGUGGAGAAGAUGUUCGUGGUGAAGAACAAGAUCCCUGCGUCCAUCUCGGGGCAGGUGACGAAAGACAAGAAGGAGUCGCAGGUGAACUUCGAAGCAGCGGCGUCGCUGAAGCACGGAGAGGGGAAGGUGACUCUGACGGGAUUCGACGUUCAGACCAUCGGAAAGGACUUGGCAUACACACUGCGAGCAGAGACGCGGUUCAACAACUUCAAGAGGAACAAGACGACGGCAGGAGUGACGGCGACGUACUUGAACGACACGAUUGCGGCGGGGGUGAAGCUGGAGGACAGGAUCUUGAUAGGGAAGAGGGUGAAGAUGGUGGUGAACGGGGGAGUGCUGACAGGGAAGGGCGACAAGGCGUUCGGCGGAAGCCUGGAGGCGACGCUUCGGGGGAAGGAGUACCCGUUGAGUCGGACACUGUCGACUUUGGGGCUGUCAGUGAUGGACUGGCACGGAGACCUUGCGAUCGGGGGGAACUUACAGUCGCAGUUCAUGGUGGGGAAGACGAUGAUGGUGGGGAGGGCGAACUUGAACAACAGGGGAUCGGGUCAAGUGAGCAUCAGAGCGAGCAGCUCGGAGCAGCUGCAGAUGGUUCUGAUUGGGAUAGUUCCGAUACUGAGGUCGCUGAUCAACUGCCGCUUCGGCUUCGGUGGUGGUCAGUCCUCACAGUAG